AUGGAGCGCGGGCUGCACCUCGGCGUGGCAGCCGCGGGCGAAGACGACCUCUUCCUGCACAAGAGCCUAAGCGCCUCCACAGCCAAGCGCUUGGAGGCGUCUUUCCGCUCCACGCCCCCGGGCAUGGACCUGUCCCUGGCGCCGCCGCCUCGGGAGCGCCCAACGUCCUCCUCCUCGUCGCCCCUGGGCUGCUUCGAGCCGGCUGAUCCCGAGGGGGCAGGGCUGCUGCUGCCGCCGCCUGGGGGAGGCAGUGGCGGCGGCGCGGGAGGUGGCGGCGGUGGCGGCGGCGGCGGCGGGGUGGGCGUCCCCGGGCUGCUGGUGGGCUCUGCCGGCGUUGGGGGAGACCCUAGACUGAGCAGCCUACCGGCUGGGGCCGCCCUUUGCCUCAAAUACGGCGAAAGCGCGAGUCGGGGCUCAGUGGCCGAGAGCAGCGGCGGGGAGCAAAGCCCCGACGACGACAGCGACGGCCGCUGCGACCUGGUGCUGCGGGCCGGAGGCGCCGACCCGCGGGCCUCCCCCGGCGCGGGAGGCGGCUGCACCAAGGCGGCCGAGGGCUGCUCCAACGCCCACCUCCACGGCGGCUCCAGCGCCCCCCCGGGGGGUUCAGGCAGCGGUAGUGGUGGGGGUAGCAGUAGCGCUGGCGGCAGUGGCAGCGGCAGCAGCAGCAGCAGCAAGAAAUCCAAAGAGCAAAAGGCGCUGCGGCUCAACAUCAACGCCCGGGAGCGCCGGCGGAUGCACGACCUGAACGACGCGCUGGAUGAGCUGCGUGCGGUGAUCCCCUACGCGCACAGCCCCUCGGUGCGCAAGCUCUCCAAGAUCGCCACGCUGCUGCUCGCCAAGAACUACAUCCUCAUGCAGGCGCAGGCCCUGGAGGAGAUGCGGCGCCUGGUCGCCUAUCUCAACCAGGGCCAGGCCAUCUCGGCCGCCUCGCUACCCAGCUCCGCGGCGGCGGCGGCGGCAGCCGCUGCCCUGCACCCAGCGCUGGGUGCCUACGAGCAAGCUGCCAGCUACCCGUUCAGCGCCGGGCUGCCCCCGGCUGCCUCCUGCCCGGAGAAGUGCGCCCUGUUCAACAGCGUCUCCUCCAGCCUCUGCAAACAGUGCACGGAGAAGCCUUAAACACACCCCCGAGAAAUACAAGACCGACCCGAAAGCUAGAGGAAAGGGAAAAGCUCUCCCCCACCCCCUUAUUUUGGUCCUCUUGUAGUUGUGAAACACUUGCAAAGCAAA